AUGCAGCAGAUGGUUGAAAAUGUGGAGGGCGCACACCUUGACCAGCAGCUGACAGAAUCAUGGCAAGUGUCCUUAACAAAGUUCUGUCAAUAUGUUGCCAGUGUGCAAGAUAUGCCAAGGCGGACAACAGACAAGCAAUACUUUGGAGCAGGCAAGCUUAAGCUUAUGAUCGAAGCGGCGUUGAGCAAUGUCAGAUGCAUGGACUACCUAUGGAUAAAGACACUGCAACAAGUCGCACUUUGGUGCUUAUACCUGUACACAGGUUGCCGUCCUGGGUCCUUUUUGGCCACGCGCUACUACCCCACGUGGUAUACCCGGUACCAGGACGUGCAAGUGAUCAGACUCGAGGACGGCACAUUUGCGGUGGACCUCAUGGUCGUUGCCUGGAAAGGCAGACAUGGAUUUGAGCCAUGGAGUAUCAACGGACCCAGUAGGCAAACAUUCCGAAUAUGUUCUGCGCACAGCGAAAGCCACUACAUGUUGGACCUACCCAUGUUGGUCGUCGUGCUGCACCAUCAGGCCUUCUUGGACUACAUGUGCCUCUCCGAUCUCAUCGCAGGCAGAGACUGGGUGAUACACUGGCGUCCGGAGGUCACGGAGAUGCCAUUUUUUGUAGCAGGAACAGCGAGAGGGUAUGGCACACAGGAGGAUCGCGCUUUGCCCUACAACGUGCAUUUGACAUACUUUCAUCGUACCUGUGAGCAAGCUGGCCUAGGCUGGGAGGGUAAUUCACCAUACCUGUAUCGUCACGCAACCGCAACCACCUGGACACAAAUUUUGGGUGCUGAUCUCACAAAAGCGAUGAUGCAUCAUAAGCAAGAUAUGACAACACUCUUUGACCAUUAUGCCAACAAUGCUGAACAGGUGGAUAUCGUGGUGGCGGCUUUGUACAAUGAGAAGAGAACCGUCAUAGGUGAGAGUUCGCAAUUUGAGCCCGGUCUGUUUCGCCCCACUGAGAUGCCAGAGACCAGUGUCAAGCUCACACUUGGUGACGCACUUGCGCAGUGCGAAGAGUUGUGCCUCCUGUACAUGCAGAAAAUUUCGCUCUGCCUCUACCUCUCAGGUGAAGGUGACGAGACUCAGCUGGAACAAGUCAUGAACUCACUGCUCCCGGCGGAGGAGGCAUUUAUCCAGCAAUACAAUCCAGGACACUCAGAAGACGAUGAUGCAGAUGAUGACUUCCACUGCGCACUUCUUUGUCACAUCCAGGCCUACAAGCAAGCGAAACAGCCAAACCUGGAUGACAUUGCUGCACGCAACAUCAAGGCAAUCACAGAGGCGGAGGAUGGCACGGCAGAAGAAGACAACGAAUUCCAGGAGACUGUAUGCGUCAGCGGAGAUGGCAACAAGGGUAGUUACCUCAACGGGGUGAUGGUAUCACGGGAGCAGUUCAUGAGCCAUUUGAUCAACUACGAGGAGAACAUAUGGCAUGCGUGCCCAUGCCCGACACUUUCCAUUGAGCGCAGGAAAACCAGGACCCCACAGACAAAACACUGCAUCCUCCGUAUCAACAUCGGACACCAUUUGGGCAGUAGAAGUCCUGGCAAGAGCAGUCUUCACAUCAAAGCUUGGCUCGAUAUCACAGUUUUCUUCCUGCACUGGAGAUGA